UCUCAACCCUGCGGUGUUUUCCGCGUUCUCCACCCAUUCUCCACCUUCCUGUCUCGACUGACUCUUGCCAAAAAGUUUUCCAUCUUUUCAAAUUCGGGUCUGUUAGUGUUUUUUUUUCUUCUUUCAAGGUCUGUUAGCAACAGAGCAGCACCCAUGGGGGAAAUGCCAGAGCAAAAGUACUCAUCAGACAUGAUUAUUCGGAUACUACAAGAGGCUCCGGCUGCCAGGAAGGACCUGGUUGAUAAUCACAGCAACCUCCUCCGAGUAGCAGAUUACUGCGAGAGUAGUUACCUCCAGGCAGAAGAUCCCACCAAAGCUAUAGAAGAAGCCAAGGCUCUGACCACCCAGGCUUUAGCCAGCGUCACUUAUCAGAUCAACCGCGUGGCCAGCACUGUGCUCAAGCUGCUGGACUCUCAGGCCAUGCAGAUCAAAGGCAUGGAGUCUUCUGUCAACCUGCUGUCACUGGCUGCAGCGAUCCACCUUGACAAAGUGGCCCGGAGGGAGAUCGGCAUCUUUACCACUCCCAAACCCAAGACUUGUUCUGCACCUAUGGUCUCGCUGGAUUCAGGCGUGGAACCAGAGCAAGGCUACAUCAGAGUGCCCAUCUCCUACUCCAUCCUGGACUCCAUCGGACACUCCUUUGAGGUGGUGGAGCAGCAGCCUGUAAAGGCCUCAGAAGAGCACACAAAGAGAGUUGCAGAAAUCUCUGUAACCAGUCACGGCAUCGCUGUUCCUCCACCCUCAGUCCCCACCCUUCCCACUAAACCCACAGACAAUAGUCUGCCUCCUCCUCCUGCUGCUCCUGCUUCUUCACCUUCCUUGUUGGACACUAGCCUCCCCCCUCCACCUGCAUUACCCUCAGAUCUCCCCCCACCUCCCCUUUUACCAAGCAGUUCAUCAAACAGCAGCUACCCACUUCCACCGCCUCCACCUCCAUUGGCAGCUGGAGGUUUCUCUACCCCUCCUCCUCCACCUCCUUUCAUGUCAGAAGCUUCAACCCUUCCUCCACCUCCUCCACCACCUCCUCUCAUGUCAGGAGCUACAACCGUUCCACCACCUCCACCACCUCCUCUCAUGUCAGGAGCUACAACCGUUCCACCACCUCCACCACCUCCUCUCAUGUCAGGAGCUGCAACCCUUCCUCCACCUCCACCACCUCCUCCUCCUCUCACGUCAGGAGCUGCAACCAUUCCUCCACCUCCUCCACCACCUCUUCUCAUGUCAGGAGCUGCAACCCUUCCUCCACCUCCUCCACCACCUCCUCUUAUGUCAGGAGCUGCAUGCAUUCCUCCACCUCCUCCACCUCCUCCCCUCAUGUCAGGAGCUGCAUGCAUUCCUCCACCCCCUCCACCACCUCCUCUUAUGUCAGGAGCAUGCAUUCCUCCACCUCCUCCACCACCUCCCCUCAUGUCAGGAGCUGCAUGCAUUCCCCCACCUCCUCCACCACCUCCUUUCAUGUCAAGAGCUGCAACCCUUCCUCCGCCUCCUUCUCCAACAGCUGCUUUCGUGCCACCCCCUCCACCCCUUUCACGGUUCUCCUAGACAGUCCUGGAUUUUGUUCAUUCAUAAAACAAUCCGAAAGGAUUAAAUCCACAUUCUGAAGAGUGUGUGUGCAGACCUCAUCUGUUUCAUCUGCAUUUAGCAUACAUCAUGUGUCUGAACGAUGCUUCUCUAAGAUAAAACUUGUCUCCUUAAGCGUUGUGUUAAUUCUAGGAGCUGCAGGAGGGUUUGGUCCAACGUGUCCCAGCAACGCCUCCACCACAUUCCUCUAAAACAAGCUGAAACAUGAAAUUUGCUGUUUCUGUCAGAAUCUUUUCUUUUUUUAUGUAACACUUUAUUUGUUAUGUGUGAGCAGCAUUUCACCAAUGUCUCCUAAUCAGUCAGUCCCAUUAAAAACCAGUGACACCA